UCGACCGAGGAGGUUCCGCUGGCUCGUGAGUACGCGGCGAGCGACUCCGGGCGCGGCCUGUUUGUCUUCUACAGCUCCGGCAACCGCGGCCCAGACGCCAGCUGCGGCCCGGCCGCCGCCUGAACAUGGACUCCGCCGGCCAAGACAUCAACCUGAAUUCUCCUAACAAAGGUCUGCUGUCUGACUCCAUGACUGAUGUCCCUGUCGACACAGGUGUGGCUGCCCGGACUCCUUCUGUCGAGGGCCUAACGGAGGCUGAGGAGGAGGAGCUCAGGGCUGAGCUCACCAAGGUGGAAGAGGAAAUCGUCACUCUGCGCCAGGUGCUGGCAGCCAAGGAGAGGCACUGCGGAGAGCUCAAAAGGAGGCUGGGCCUCUCCGCGCUGGGGGGUCUGAAGCAGAACCUGUCCAGGAGCUGGCAUGACGUGCAGGUCUCCAACGCCUACGUGAAAACUUCUGAGAAACUUGGAGAGUGGAAUGAGAAAGUGACCCAGUCGGACCUCUACAAGAAGACUCAGGAAACUCUCUCACAGGCAGGACAGAAGACUUCAGCUGCCCUGUCCACGGUGGGCUCUGCCAUCAGCAGGAAGCUCGGAGACAUGAGGAACUCCGCAACUUUCAAGUCAUUUGAAGACCGAGUCGGGACCAUAAAGUCUAAGGUUGUGGGUGACAGAGAGAACAGCAGUGACAACCUCCCUUCCCCAACGGGGAAUGGCGACCAGCCCCUGUCGGAUCACGCGCCUUUCUAAGCCUGCAGCAGCUUCGCCCAGCCACAGAACACAUGUGAGCACACCCUCCUCCUCACGGCCAGAAUCUGCGCUGCGCAGCGGAGCGCCCGUCCGCGUGAGUGGACAGAGCCGGCUGGAGGACCGUCGUGCCGUCCACACGGAGAUGUGGCUGCUGCGCUCGCAUGGCUCAGAGAACACGGUCUUGUACACAGAUGUUUCACACUAAAGUUUGCAGACGAAACAGCACUGUGCCAUCCUUCCUAGGGUGCAGGAAGUGGACAGGGUGGAGGAUUUGGAGGGGUGUCAGCCAAGCCCGGGCUCCCUUGGGCCUCUUGUUAGCUCAUCAGAAUGUCCAAGGGUUGUAGAGUCAUUUCUGUGAGAUAAGUGGCAUUUUCUGACCUCCUCCUCCUUCCCUGACUCACGGAAGGAACACAGUCACCCAGAAGCCCUGCCUGAUCGAAAUUUUUUAUCUCAAAAUGCCGAAUGGGGAGACUGAUUACCACAGCAGCUGCCUGAUUGUUACACUAAUGAUCUAGCUUUAACAAAAGCAAAUUCAUUAUUUUUUAAAUGCAGUGGACGUUUCAAAAUUAAAAUUAGGCAAACAACUUUAGCCUCAUAGUUAGAGAAUUUUAUUUCUUUGGACUGAAGCUGAAAUACAAGCCUUACAUUGCCUUAUGCUUUGUUUAUGGUUUUUUUAUAUAUAAAAAUGGGGGUUCUUUAAUGGGUUGUGAGCACUGUGUAGAAUUUUAUGUCCAGCGCACGUGGCAGCCUGCCUGCCCGGUUGGUGUAUUGCAUUUCACUAGCACGCUGCAUCCCAGCCCAUAAAACCUGCUCUCUCCAGGACUGCGGCCGUUCCCACUGGCUCCCCACUCUGCCCUAAAGGGCACCCAGGCCCCUGGGGAUGGGAGGGGAGAGAGUGGGCAAAGCCUCUGUCCUCAGGAGAGAGAUGCCCCCAGCACAGUGCCACCUUGGCCCACUGAUCCCUGACUCCAGCCUGCCUGUUUACUGCACGUAGGAUCAAUGAAAAGCAGAACUGACCCCACAGGUCAGGUCAGGUCAGGGUGGAUGUUGGGAUCAGCCAGGACUCCGCUGUCACUUUUUCUCAAGAGCUACAAAGAUCUCUUUCCAGUUUUUAAAUUGUCACGCCCCACAGCCUCCCAUCAGGGCCCUGUGUGUCAGGAGGUGUGGCCUGGAGGGGCAGUUCUGUGCCUUAGUGGCUGUUAGCAGGGCCCUGAGGCCUGGCCCGCUCUGCACUCCCCAGAGGGGAAGGGAUGCCGGGCUCAAGGUGUCCUCUGGUAACCAAGUAUCCUAGGCCAUCUCAGACACUCCACAUGACCCGGUGCAGGGCCCAGGGAAGAGAGCUGCUUGGUGUGGUGGGGCGCAGUGAGAAGGCAGCCUGCAGGGGCGGGAAGUGAUGUAUCUUCUUAAAGUGAAUAAUGGGCAACCUGUCAAUAAACCAUUCCUUUGGGGGAAAACCCA